AUGAUCACAAAAUCUAAAACAUAUUCACCACAUCACCAUUAAGAGGAAACCAAGCCAAAAAACAAAGAAAAGAAAGGCUAAUUGUUAUUGAGUGUAGUAGUAAGCAAUGGCUUCAACACAAUGUUUCUUGCACCAACAUGCACUUUCUAGCUCUGCAGCUAGAACAACAUCCUCAGUGUCAUCACAGAGGUACGUUUCAUCCCUUAAGCCUAACCAACUGGUUUGCCGUGCCCAAAAACAGUCCUCGGCUCAAGAAGAUGAUGGCAACAGCGUCGCCGUCUCUCGACGAUUGGCUCUCACUGUCCUCAUUGGUGCUGCUGCCGUUGGUUCCAAAGUUUCCCCUGCAGAUGCUGCUUAUGGAGAAGCUGCAAAUGUUUUUGGUAAGCCAAAGCAAAACACUGAUUUCUUGGCAUACAACGGAGAUGGAUUCAAGUUGCAAGUCCCAGCUAAAUGGAACCCCAGCAAAGAAGUUGAGUUCCCUGGUCAAGUUCUCAGAUAUGAAGACAACUUUGAUUCCACCAGCAAUCUCAUUGUCACUGUCACUCCAACUGACAAGAAAUCCAUCACUGGCUAUGGCUCCCCUGAAGAGUUCCUCUCUCAAGUGGACUUUUUGCUAGGAAAGCAAGCUUACUUUGGUAAAACUGAUUCAGAGGGUGGAUUUGAAUCUGGUGCAGUGGCAACUGCAAACCUAUUGGAGGCAUCAAACACAACUGUGGGAGGAAAAGAGUACUAUAUCUUGUCAGUAUUGACAAGAACUGCAGAUGGAGAUGAAGGUGGUAAGCACCAGUUGAUCUCAGCUACAGUAAAUGAUGGCAAACUUUACAUCUGCAAAGCACAAGCUGGUGACAAGAGAUGGUUUAAGGGUGCUAGGAAGUUUGUGGAGAAUGCAGCCACUUCUUUCAGUGUUGCUUAAG